ACAUGCGUGUAAGGAAUUUGAGUGUUUAGCUGCGAUCAUUGCGGCGGCGACGCUUUGACCGCGGGUUUUUGUGUGUGCUAAGCUAGCAGGCUAUCCACUGGAGCUAGGUAGCUGUUAUUGUUUUUUUUUUUUUUUUUUUUUUUUUUUUUAAUCACGGCAAGCUAAAAUGGAGGAGCUAAAAUGGAGGUUGCUUCACUGCCACUCCCGGGUCCUUGAACCUCUGCACACUCCGGCUAAAUCGUUGCUAACGUGAGAAGGUUUUUCCUGGAUCAAAUUGAGGCAGGAGUGGUAGUUUCCGUUCAUUCGCACAGGUGCGUAUGCUUAUUUUGAUGUAUUUUAUUGUACUUUCGACGUUUUAUUUUUCAAAGAAAACCCUGGAAAAAGACUGUUUCCAAAACGACAGGGUGUGAUGCAUAUUUAAGAUACAGGACCAGGAGAUUGCGAAUGACGUCCACCGUAAAGGGUUUGUAAUUCCCUGUUCACGCAGAUUUUCCCCCCCAUUUCAUUUAUUUCAGGUAGCGGUAAACAUAAGCAAGGCAACCAAAACACAAUAUUCCAAUCAAAUUUAUGACCGAGCCUGAAAAGGAGAAGGUAGAAGAGAAUUUUGUGUGUGUGUGUGUGGAACUGCAGAUUCUUCUAUUAGACGAUGCCAUGGCCUAACUAAAUGAAGCUGCUCUGCACACUUCAGCAUAGUGCCCUGGCCCCAAGAUGGCCGUAAAGGGUCUGUGCAUCCGUUUUCUUGUACAUCUUACCUCACUUGAGUCACAUGUGAGCUGGAGCCUACCCUGUUGACUUUGGGUAAGAGGCAAGAACCAUCCUGGACACAUUCAGACGUUCUUGGUUACAAAAGACAAUUGUUACUUGAUUGAACCUGGUAAAAAUAAGCAGAGGUAGAUACUUCUAAACUUUAUACGUGAGUGGAAUAAACUUGGUUUGUGUGCACUUUGCAGGGGGCAGCUAGCCACGUUCACACCAUGAACAGUCGCCAUGAGCAUGAGAGCCUCCCCAGGCCCGCAUCUGGGAUCCAAGGCAAACGCUAACGCCAUAGGUGGGACGUUGUCUUUGUUUCCCGUGAGCCUCAGGAGGGAGUCACGUGACUCGCCCUCGGAUGCUCCAGGCGAUUUCCGCUGGGCCGGAAAGAUCCCGAGCAGGUCCAAGCGCUCGGAACAGACUUACAUGAGCGGCAACGUCUCGGAAGUCGUCGAAGUAGAUCGGGCCGCCGCUCUGGGGGUUCUGUCCCCUGUCAGACAAAUGGGGGGUGAGGGAACCCCGGUGAAAGGCAAACCCCUCUCCAUGGACAGCAUGGAAAACCCUCAGAUGGCGCCGAACAACAACACGCCCAAGGAUGCCGAUGGCGUUCUCGGCGCCGCGUCAAUCGAAGUGUCGUCCGAGGGCAAGUGGAAGAACCUUCGGAAGAGCCCGGCCAACCCUCACACGCAGGCCAACUGUUUGCGGCAGAUCCUGCUGCUGCAGCUGGACCUCAUCGAGCAACAGCAGCAGCAGCUGCAGUCCAAGGACAAAGAGAUCGAUGAUCUCAAAGCAGACAAGGAGACGCUUCUGGCACGUAUUGAGCGCAUGGAACGCCGCCUGCAGCUCACCAAAAAGGACCCGCCACGUGACAAGCGCCUCUUCCAGCCGCUGGAGCCUUGGACCCCCGACAAGGAGGACAUGUGGGACCUAGAAGUAGAGGAGAGCCCUCAGCCCAAUCCAUCUACCCUGCUACCCUUAAGUCGAGGCAGCAAAGGGCAAAAGAGAAAAUCCUGCUUUGGGGACUCCAAACUCCAGAAGUCUCGUGGCAAAAGCGCCAAGCUGAGUCCCCACAAGCCGGAGAGUCAACCGGCGUCUCCGUCUCAGCGCGAGCUGCGCAGCAAGGAGACGCCGGAGAGGAGCGCUCCGGCCAGGGGAAAAGAAGAGGAGGCGGCGGAGUUGAGCUGCCAGAUGGACGACCUCCCCUUCCUGUCCACCACGGAGAUGUACUUGUGCUGCUGGAACCAACCUCCCGUGUCGCCGCUGCGCGAUACUUCUCCCAAGAAGGAGGAAGAGGAGGAGGUGGCCAAUGCAUCCAGCACACACUCCAUGAUGAACUUCCUUUUCCCGUCUUCGUGCCGACUCUCAGUUCCGUCAUGGCGGGAAAAUGUCAUCGAGCCGUUGGGUGAGGAUUUAAGCUUUGACGCACAGGAGCCGCUGGACGACGGUGUGUUUCUCAAACGCCACGCCAAGCUGGAACUGGAUGAGAAGAGGAGGAAGAGGUGGGACAUCCAACGGAUCCGAGAGCAGCGCAUGUUCCAGCGCCUGCAGCAGCGCAUGAACAGGAAGAAGAUCAUACUGGAGACUGAGCCUGAACUUUCAUCAUUCUAUCCAGAAACUGAAGACGUCGAAGCGAUUAUGAUCACACCCUUCUUGCCAGUGGUUGCGUUUGGUCGGCCGUUGCCCAAACUUACACAAGAGAAUUUUGAGCUGCCUUGGCUGGAUGAGCGCAGCCGCUGCCGCAUCGAGGUGCCCAAGAAACAUACUCCUCACCGGACCUGUCGCAAGUGAAUGUCGCCGAGUGGGAGACGCCGCCAUUUAGUUCGAUACGGUCAAGUCACCAAUUGUGUAACUGCUGUUGCUUUUCUUUGCGGAAGAGAAAGACAUGUCAAACAUAUCACUCAUCACGCGGCGUGACGUGGUAGCUGCGUUCCCAUCUUCGAAUACCUUCACUGUUACUGCACUCAGCUGACACCGAUUAAAAAAAGAAAAAUACGGUUUGCGUCAGAGCUCCUUGGACACCUUUACAUUUUGCGACUGCUUUAGGAAAGAAAUGUUCCAACUUUACUGUGGUGCUGUGUAUCUGUCGCUCAACCAUCCAUCUAUGGAGCAUUGCACUCUUCACACACAGUGAAGGUCUGUUGAGGAAAAAAAAAAAGCCUGAAUCUGUUUUCUCUGUUGGGGGAAGAAAAAAAACUAGACGGGUCCUAAUGUUGGCUUGAACCUGAAUGUUCUGUUUCCUCAGUUUAGUUUUUACUUUUACACUACUCACAAAAAGUAAGGGAAAGUGGGCUUUCGGUUCCACUUCUAUGCCCCUUUGUGACUUCUGUGCAAAAAGUUCUGAGACACCUUCAAUCAAAAGUUUAUAGAGUUCAUAAAUGAAGUGCACGUGUACAGGUUAAGUUCCAACCUGAAAUUUCACCCCCAAAUCCCUUUUUUUGUGAGUCGUUAACAUGUGAAUUGCAUGGGUUCCAUUUUGCUGUAAAAGACAUCGGAAACAACGGUAGCAUGGCUUAACCCCUCGAUGGAUCUUAUCUGCUCUUAAGCAAAAUAAAAAGGAUGCAAGCAUGACUUUUGGCUGCAAAGUGUCCAGAGUGUCGGAAAAUAUUGACACGCACACAAAUAGUGAAUGUGUAUACAUUGACCUCUUCCAGGAGCAGGAAGCCAACAUCGGGGAAUCCAUUUUCGACGGAAACGUUCCUAGCUUGUAGUUCUAACGACAUGCUGCCAUUCUCUCCCCUCCGCAGUUUCUCUCCCCUCCGCAGUAAAUUUGAUUUGGUUUGUUUUCCUUCACGAGGCAACAGCUUCAACCGCUAUACUGUAACAAGUGGAAUAGAUGUUGGCUAGGUCCGGAAGCUUCGUCUGUACAUAGCUUUCACAGUGUACAUAAAACAUGGCUGUUAUUUUUUUAUUAUUUAAUGUUGGAACGUGUUGUGUACAUUCAAAAUUCAAUGAUUGUUGACAAAUUGAAAGUUGCAUUUUCUUUUUGGAAUAAAAUAACCAUUUCUCUCU